AGUCACAUGUUUCAAUUCAUGAUUAAUUUUCAGCUCUUCAAUCUCAACAACUGAUUCUCCUGCAUAAUUUCAACAGGAAGAAAGACCUCAAAUUUCCACCUUAUACUGGUUCUACCCUGCAAUUUUCUUCAAAUGAAGCCUUCUUUUGUAAUUUACCUUCUGCUUUUGUCUCUCUUUCUCAUCCAGGCUCGAGGGAUUCGCUUGGAGAAAGGGUCUCAGCAACAUAAACAACACGAUGAAGAAAACAAUUUGUUGAAAAGAAUUGACAGUGCUGCUAAGAAGGAAGCUACUCUCUGCGAAGAUGAACAAUAUUCCGCAGGAAAAAGAAAGUGUAGGAAACUUGUUACUUCAUCAAUUUCCACAAACCAAGAUAUUUCAAAGAAUGUGAAGAAUGAAGGGAAUGAAACUGAGGCCCCAGAAACAUACAAGAGUAGAAAUUAUAAAGUGAAUUGGGAAGGAAAGGAAAUAUUUGUAAAUAAGCAAGAAGAGGUUUCUGAUGAGAAGUAUAUGGAGCUUGUGGAGAUUGCUGGCAUGGACUAUUCUCCAGCUAAGAAGAACCCUCCCAUACACAACUAACUCUUGGGAUGAUCAAAGAAAAAUGCUGCAGUGUUUUAGGUGUAAGAAUGAUUUGUAAAUUUUGUUAUUCUGUGUGUUUUAAGUCCUUUGAUACUAAUCAAUAAUUUUAUGAGCGACGGAGCAUGUUGUUCCUUAUUUGAGAAA